AUGGCCAGAGGAAGAAAAAACCCCCAGAUAUGGGCGGCUGCAUUCGUGGCCUCGUCACUUGCCGUGAUCUCAUACAAAAUCUACCAGGCAGUGACGAGGACAACCAAUGAAGACUCAACUGAGGAUCAACCUGGAAAGAGAAGGACAAACUACACAAACAAGUCGAUCGCCUUGACUCUACUGCACACCAUCUUGAACUCGGACUUGCCACUCAAUGAGAUCUUGAUGAACUCGGAGAACGUCACCUUCAUCCUUCCUCCAUAUCUUUCGGUGGACGACCUAGCAUGUAACAUCCACGGUGCUGACGGCGACGCCAGCGUGUAUGCUUUGCCACGCACGCUCAUCAAGAACUACAAGCUUCUCAAAUGUCUGAACAUUCAAGGAUACUUUCACGUGUUGAAGAAUUUAAAGCCAGACAUGUUAUUUGUGUGUUCAGACGAUUUGGGUAUCACCCUGAAGGUUCCCCCCGACUUGGGACGAUUUGUCAAGGAAAUCAUCACCAUUGACCAGAACAAGGACGACGUGCAUACGGUGUUGUCAAAAGUGUUUCUCUAG